AUGUCCCACGUCGACCUCUCCAGAGCUGGCUCUGGCUUCGGCGCGCUCGCCGCCACGCUUGACCUUGGCAACGUCAUGAGCACGAUCGCCCUCGCUGCCUCCCUGCUCGUGGCGUACUGCGUCGCCCAGACCAUCUAUAGAAUCUGGUUCCAUCCGCUGUCCAAGUUCCCCGGCCCGCCACUCCUCGCUGCCACCUACGUCCCAUUCGUCUACCUCAACCAUGCCCGCGGAACAUGGGUUCGGCGCAUGCCCGCCCUGCACCGCAAGUACGGCCCGGCGGUUCGCAUCGGGCCAAACCACAUUGCUUUUGACGGCUCCAUCGGCUGGCCAGAAGUGUACGGUCACCGCAAGGGCGGCCAGGAGGAGUUUGGGAAGCCACCAGGCCCCUACCCGGGCGACGAAAAGAGCCUCAUCAACGCUCCCAAGGAUGUGCAUCGUCGGCAGCGACGACAGUUGAGUCACGCCUUCAGCGAUGGGUCCCUCGCGCAGCAAGAGCCCACCAUCUGCAAGUACGUCAACCUGCUGAUGGAGCGGCUCACGGAGCGAGCCACCAAGGGCGAAGUCGUCGACAUCGUCGAGUGGAUGAACUUUACCACCUUUGACAUCAUCGGCGACUUGACUUUCUCCGAGUCUUUUCACAGCCUCGAGAACAACGGCUACCACCCGUGGGUGCGCUCCAUCUUUGAGGGCAUCCGCGGACUCGCCCUGCGUCGCGGCUAUCACUUCUACCCAACCAUCGCCAAGAUGACCGAUUUCUUCGGGCUCAACACGUCGUCAAAGACGUCCCUCCAGGUUCGCGGCUACGCCAGGUCAAAAGCCAAGGCGCGCAUGGAGCUCGACGAGCAACCAGUCCCAGGCCACAAAGAUUUUAUAGGGUACAUGACGCGCAAGACGCGCGACGACACCGGCGGCAUGAGCGAGGCCGAGAUUUUGGCCACGACGCCGGUUCUCGUCGUCGCAGGCAGCGAGACGACCGCCACUGCCAUUGCCGGCUUCACCUUUUUCAUGAGCAAGAACCCGCGCGUCUACGACAUACUCGCCAACGAGAUCCGGUCCACCUACAGCGCCGAGUCCGACAUAACCCUGCGCAACACCGCAACGAUCGAGUAUCUGCAGGCAGUCAUUGACGAGCUGCUGCGCGUAUACCCUCCGGCGGCCGAGACACCUCCUCGCGUGUCCCCUGGAGCCGUGGUCGACGGAAGGUACAUUCCUGCAGGGGCCCGCGUCUCUGUGUACCAGUGGGCCACGUUUCACAACCCCGACAACUUUCUCGAGCCCGAGAGCUUCCUGCCUGAGCGGUGGCUCACCAAGUCGCACCCGAGAUACGAGGAGCGCUUCGAGACGGAUAACAAGGCCGUCUUCAAGCCCUUUAGCCACGGCACCCGCGACUGCAUCGGCAAGAACCUCGCGCAGGUCGAGAUGCGGUACAUCAUCGCCCGGCUCCUCUAUCGUUUCGACUUUGAGCUGGCGCAUCCGCAACCUGACUGGCAGGAUAAGCAGCGAGUAUUCGUCGUAUGGGACAAGUCUCCGUUGUACCUGCGCCUCACUCCGCGAGCGGUGUGA